UAUUGGCUCACUUUCCUUUCCCAGUGGGACAGGCAGGGAACAAGUCCAGUGGAGGAUGUUUUCCAAUCAUUGAAAAGGCUCAUUUUUAAACCAUGGCCUUUCAAUGAGAGUGAGACUUGGGAUUCCUCCAAUUGUGAGCCGGAUGGCAUCCCUAGCUAUUAAAACGACAGUGAGAGAUAAGAGUUUAAGUUGCCUUCUCUCGAGUUGUCAUCGCAUAGAAGUCGCUCAGUGACUGCAUGAUUAUUCAUGCAGAACAUCAUUAAUUUAACAAAGUCUCCCUCAGGUGGAUUCAACAUAAACCAGUUUAUGGUGCGAUAAGGUGAUUCGACAGCGCUCCAAUUUCACGACGUUCCUCAACGUGACGGGCACAUUUGAGGUUUACAAGCUAUACGUGGAAGGCACAUCAUGAGCAACAGAAACAUAAGUUUGACGACGAUCACAUCCCUGAAAUGUUUAAUUGAGGGGCUAAAGCUAACAAAUCCUGUUUGGCUUUGUGUCGGGCACAUUCCUCUCUGACUAAUGCCCUAACUCGACGAUUGAAGCCCAAUCAUUGAUUCCACGCCGUGCUACAACGUGCAUUGGAUUUCGCCGGUGGAAAGACGGAAUUGGCAAGGUUAAGGACAGUGGAACUGUUGGCGUGGUUUUUUUUUGAGACGGGCUUUCUAACGUUUAAGUUUUUAAUAAGUUCUCCCCGCUGAGUUGCGAUCAGUGCUUCAGUCAAAGAGAUACAACAAAGCAGCAAAAAACCAAGGUCGGAGGUGGAUAGCCAUUGCUGAUUCAAACUUCCUGCAAUUGGAGCUUUGGAAUUCAUACUCUGCGGCCAUGAGGCGACGUACUCAAAGAUGCUUGAAGAUUAUCUGUUUUGUCGUUUUUGGGCUCUUCCUCAGCCUUCAAAUAUCCAGUGUGUUGGUUCAUAAUUCACCAACCAAUGACAACGCCGUUCCUGGGGCUCGAAUCGAACCUCCCAAACACGUGACCGAUCAGACAUUCCAAGAUCUCGGAUCCUACAAGUUCCCUUCUCCCCUUCAACGUGAUCAUCUGAGUACAAGAAGGCCAAUCAAGUCUAAUCCCAAGGCCGUUUUAGACGCCUCCUUAAUUGAGGAAGAUAGGAUUGACCAUUUGGAGAUUCCAGCCAACAACAGUUUGGCCGGCAAUCGGGUCCAUGGCCUUCCUCCAAAAGAAGUGGGCAAUGGGACGAAAGACGCCAAGAUAAAAAUCCCAGAGGUCUUGGAACAGAUCAAGGUACUGAACCAACAGCAAUUCGUCCGAAACGAAGAGUUGUUUGGCCCAAUUAGUAAUGGUACCAUAGUAAUAGCCAUUCAAGUUCAUAAUCGCCUUCAAUAUCUUCGGCAAUUGAUCGUGAGUCUUUCACAAGCUCGGGACAUCGAGAAAUCCCUCUUGGUCUUCAGUCACGACUUCUGGGAUCCAGCCAUUAACUCAUUAAUCUCAUCGAUAGACUUUGCCAAAUACAUUCAGAUAUUCUAUCCAUACUCAAUUCAAACCCAUCCGAAUGAAUUUCCUGGCGAGUCGCCGGACGAUUGCCCUAGAGAUGCCACCAAAGAAUCGGCUAAAGCAAAGAAAUGCAAGAAUGCACAUUGGCCGGAUCUCUACGGACAUUAUCGAGAGGCCAAGUUCACACAAACCAAACACCAUUGGUGGUGGAAGGCCAACCGAAUCUUUGAUCAGCUCGAGGUCACCAAACACCAUACAGGUUUGGUACUCUUUUUGGAGGAAGAUCACCAUGUUGCUGAGGACUUUCUCCAUGUGCUUAACUUGGCUCAUGCCGAAUGUCAGUCAAACCAACCCAACUGUGAUAUCAUUUGCCUCGGAUCCUACUUGAAACAUAUUAAUUAUCAACGAAAUCAUAAGACUAUGCCGAACACCGUGGGGUUCAUGGGCUUACCCGGUCACCGACCGGUUCCCAUGCGACGAAGACUCAAACGAUCAGCGUCUCGGUCCUUGUCCGCCAUGUCCCCUGUGUUCUCCUCCAGGAACUUCCUCUCCAAUAACUCGACCCGAGUUCAUGUCUGGGCUCACAAUGAAAAUAAAACUCAUGUUCAAAAUCCACCCUCGAUGAAGGGAGAAUAUCCCGAAAUGGUGGCCUUCAACGGCCUUCGUCGUUUGUUGUGGAACCCGGCGGCAUUUCUGUCCUCGGUUCUAGAUGUGUUCUCCAAGGAUUUCCAGCCAUUUCCAGGAGGCCCAGUUUACUCAAGCAGACGGCAAAGUGCGGACCUAACCCAAUGGAUUAGCGCCAAACACAACAUGGGCAUGGCCUUUGAUCGGGAGAUCUGGCGAAAGCUUCACCAUUGUCGUGCAGAAUUCUGCUCGUUUGACGACUACAAUUGGGAUUGGUCUCUUCAACACGUGAGCUCCAGUUGUUUGCCAGAACGAAUGCAAGUGUUGCUAUUAAAAGCCCCAAGGGUCUUCCAUAUCGGCGAAUGUGGUGUUCACCAUAAGAAAAAGGACUGCCAAACCUCCAAGGUGGUCAGCAAGGUCCAAGAUAUUCUUAAGGCCGCGUCCAAGUACCUCUACCCCAUGAAUCUAGUUGUGACGAAGUCGACCUUGAGGAAAAAACCCAAGACGUCCAAAGGCAAUGGUGGCUGGGGUGACCGACGAGAUAAAGCCUUGUGUAUGAAUAUGGCCUUGCCUUUGGCUGGUGCAAAUGAUGUGGACACUGUUUUGUCUGCUGCGCAACUUUUCCACUGAUCACAUCACACUAGACCUCUACAUCACACCCAUAGGAUCGAUUUUAGCUUAAAACGCUACUAAACGACUAAGAUUCUUGUGAAACACGCAUCAGGCUCAGAAUUUGAACAGCUGUGAUUUGAAUGAUGUUGAUGAAUGUACAAGUGCAUUUGCUAUUUUUGUUAGUUGACAUGUCGUGUUAAUAGCCAGCUCAAAGUGAACUUAUUCAUAAGUGUAUUUACGUGCCUUUUGAUUGGUAUUUUAGCCAUCUCACCUUUCAUGCAAAGAAUGACUGUGUAAGGAAAUGCAAUUAUGACGAAGCAAUAACUCAAUUUUGAUUGAGGAAUCUUCUUGAAAAACCUAAUAACUAAUAAACAUUAUUUCUUAUA